GCCAAGUCACGUCAGUCGACGGUGUGGCGAGCAGGCCGUCCUCGUCUUCUGCGACGGUGAGCCGCGUGGCAGCGGCACCUCCGACCAUGGCGCUGCGUCUCCGCCUGCUCCUGCUGGCAUCCGCGCUGGUGGGAGUCGGCCUGGCCGCCCCCGGCGACCUGCUGGAGCUGCGUCGAGAGCUGCCGGACCUUUCCUGGGCUCGUCUCGCCGGCCUGCAGAAGCUGGCGGAGAGCAGCCGGCACCUCCCCACCACUGAGGAGUUCCUGCGGCAGACGGGCGCGCUCGAGCUGUAUGAAGCCCUGCCGGAGCAGCUGCGGACGGAGCAGGCGCUGCCGGCCGAUAUCGCCAACCUGCUGAUUGCCCUGCUCGUCGGGCCCUACAUCACGCCCAUGCUGGCACACGGAAUCUCGCCGCUCUGUCUGAACCACAGCUGGGCGUACGCCACCAGCAUCCUCUCCAACAACUCCUGGGCGCUGACGAUGUUCGACGCGGAUGGAAAGCUUCCCGACGGCGUACUGGGCGGCAACCUCAACUACGUGGGCAACUGGGACGAGUGUUUAAGUGUUCAGGCGAGUGUCGACAAUGUUGACGAACUCAUUCCGCUGAAAGUAAGCCAAUUUCAGGGCAAGCACUGUCGGCCCCAGUUUCACCUUCCCCCUAAAGCAGCUGGGAAUCAGGAUAGCCGGUUUGGCCACCAUGCCAAUGAAAUGGCUAGAAUGGUGGGGUUGGAGCCGAUACUUCCACCACUUAUUCAACUUUCGGGCCAGUCGACUGUCAUGCCGCCAUCCGCUUCCAUUGGACUCUGCAUCCCUUCAUCUUGCUCUGCCGAAGACUUGAGACUAAGCCUUCAGCAAAGAAUGCCCAGCCUGCAAGUCGACCUUCUUGAAACUGACUGUCAUGUAGAGGGUGAGACAACUAAAUUCAGCGCGGCCGAUAUCGUCAUGCUGUGCAUCAUUUGUGUCACCGGCUUGCUCAUGGCUGUCGGCACCUUUAUCGAUGUUAUCAAGGACAGUGCCAACGAGCCCGACGCCAAUUUGAGCGUCCCCGUUGAUCGCAUGUUCAGGGGGAAAAUGCCAACCACUGUCCAGAAGGUGCUUCUGGCGUUUUCGGUCUGGACAAAUGGCAGAAAGAUUUUAGACACGUCUUCGUCGAGCGAUACGUUGGGAUGUCUCCAUGGCAUGCGUUUUCUCUCCAUGACCUGGGUUAUCCUUGGUCAUCAAUACAUUUUUGGAUUAUUUUCCGUACCGUGGGUAAAUCAAUUUUCAGCCUUCAACGUACUUAAUUCUGUGGCAUUUGCUGCCGUUGACAACGCUACUGUCUCGGUCGAUUCGUUUUUCUUCCUCAGCGGGCUUCUCGUUGCAUACGUCUUCAUGAGAAACAUGGAGAAAACCAAGGGGAAGUUUAACAUUAUCAUGUAUUACGUUCACCGAUACAUUCGGCUAACGCCAGUCCUGGCAAUGACCAUAGGCUUCGUCGCAACUCUCUACGUACACCUGGGUGACGGUCCAUUCUGGGGGAAGAACACCGUGUUCGGAAACCCAUACAUUUGUAGCAAGUACUGGUGGAAAAACCUUGCGUACAUCAACAAUGUGUACGAAUCCGAAAAGACGUGCCUGGGUCAGACGUGGUACCUUGCCAAUGACAUGCAGAUGUUUGUCUUGUCACCCAUCGUCCUGUUGCCGCUGUACUUUUACCCGACCAUCGGUCAAAUCUGGCUCAUAUUGCUUCUCGGGCUUAACCUGUUCAUCACCGGCUACGUCACCGACUACAACGACCUGGGCCCGAGCGGAGGCGACUCGUCGUUACGCUACUUCGUGCCCUGGUGUCGGUACGGCGUGUACCUGGUGGGCGUGUACACCGGCUGGUUCCUGCACCGGCGCCGUGGCAGACGACUGCACAUGACGUUGCCUGUUGCGCUGGCCGGCUGGCUGGUCGCAGCGCUCACCGCCUGCCUCGUCGUCUACGGUCUGUACGAUUACUCGACCGUGCCGCCGCUCGCGGUGCCGUCCAAGACCGCGUCUAUCGUGUACGCUGCCCUGAAUCGGCCCGCCUGGGGCAUGUGCCUGGCGUGGGUGGUGAUCGCCUGUGUCCACGGGUACGGCGGCUUCAUCAACACGCUGCUCUCCUGGAAGUUCUGGAUUCCGCUCAGCCGCGUCACGUACUGCUGCUACCUCGUCUCCAUCGACAUCCAGAUCUUCUUCUACGCGACGCUCAAGUCGGUGCUGUACUUCGACCAGACAACGGCGGUGUAUGCCUUCCUGGCGACGCUCACCGUGUCGAUUGCCGUCGCCACCGUGUUCUCGCUCGCGUUCGAGGCGCCGAUGAUGGCCUUGGAGAAGAUCAUCUUCGCCAACGUCGGUGCCGUGGCUCCCAAACCGACGGUCCCACCCGCGCCCGGGCAGGAGCCAGACGGGAACGGCAAGCAGGCGUGAUGUAUGUAGAUCGUCGUCAUAGGUCGGCAGCAUGCAUGCCAAAUAAAAGUGUGCCUCCAAUGG